AUGCAGAUCGACCCAGCGGCUCUGAGCCGAACAGACUCUGCAUCAGCCCCUGUAUCGGCGGCUAAGCCUGUCGCUUCUACAACUUCUUCGACGCAGAAGUCGACAAAGGCCUUCACCUCUGUCCCGCGGCUCGAUCUCGAGCCAAUCUACACGGAGCUGAAGGCCGCCAUCGGCGACAACUGGGCCGAGUAUAAGCAGUCGAUAGCUCUGUUCCUUCUAGGACAUCUCAACCAGGCUGAAUUCUCAUCGCGCGUUGACCACAUAAUAUGCGCCGACCCCAAAACAGAACAUCUCCACAAUAAUUUCAUAUGCGCUAUCAUCGCUAAUCUCUCAAGAGAUCUCCCUGAUCAUGGAGUCGCCAGUUGGGUAUCUGCGAAUGAUAAACCUACGGUGGUGUCGAAGCCGGUCUCCAGCGACCUGGCGGAGCAGAGACUAAAGACUGAGGUUAUGCAACUGCCUCCUAGGGAUCGUCGAAGAAUCAAAGCCAUCCCUGAGCCUGAACCUCAUGAGUUGGCGAGCAAUGAAUUGGAAGAAUAUCACCGGGCUAAGCAGAUCAAACUACCCAGUCAAGUCCCAGCAAGUGCGGGAGGAUUAAACAAGACAAAUUGGGAACUCGAGAUUCGAAAGCGCUACGCCCAGCCUCUAGCUUCUGAAACUGGCGAGUUCCCUGAUGCAGAAACGAUCCACGCGCGUAUGGUGCCUAUCUGCUACGAGGAGUCUGUUGUCAGCGGCGCAGGCUAUCCCUGUGCCGAGUUCAUGGCGAUUGCGACAGAGACAUUCGUCAAGGAGGUGCUCUCGAGUGUGUUUUCACGAACAAGGCAUAAUGGUCCUUCUGGAACGAUCAACGGCAUGGUAACGAGAAAGUACCGCAGGCAGCUGGAGCGCGAAGAGCUGGCCUUCACACGUGGCGAGAUCACGAAGGACGCUGCAACCGGACUUCUACCUGUUGAGGCCAAGGAAGCAAGUACGAGACAGCCACUCGGGGUGAAAGAUCUUAAGCUCGCGCUCACCCUCGGUGGUGGGCUUCUCGGUCAGAUGCCUUUGAUUGUGGACCAGAUUAUGGGGGCCUAUGAUGAAGAUGAACUGGAAUUGGAACGGCAAGAGUAUGCGGAGCAGACGUGGGAUGAUAAGAUGGACGAUGACACCGGGGUCGCAAACGGUGUGGAUGAGAUGGACAUUGACGAGAACGAAUUGGGAUGGGAGGGAGGCACCGCGGCGGAUAGGGAGCAACUAGGCUCUCUCCUCGACGAGUGCUUAUCAAUGGCAGCCUAA